AUGGAAGAAUUUGGAGAAGACAUUAAAAGUUGGCAUGCAGUUCCAAGUGGAGUGAAUGAAUAUGACGUAAGGAAUGGGUUUCAGAACUAUGGAGUUAACUUGAAGGAAAAAAUAUGUGCUUGUAGAUUAUGGGAACUUUCAGGAAUACCUUGUGUGCAUGCACAAGUGGCAAUAUUGAAGAAACAAGUUACACUAAGCCCCUUCCACCCAUUUAAAGGAGGAUGCCAGGAAGGCCUAGUGUUAAAAGAAGAAGACAUGUUUCAGAAAAUCAAGACAAGAACUAAAAAAGGAUCUAGAAGUGGUGGAAGGGUUGGUGGAGGAAGGAGUAGAGGUGGUGGUAGGGGAUCUAGUGGAAGAGGCAAUAGAGGUGGUGGUAGGGGAUCUAGUGAAGGAGUCCAAACAGAAUAUGGGGAGGGUACUUCUGAGUUUCCUAAAUGUGAGCCUGAAGUUGUUGUCAUUCCAAAUGUUAAGAGUGAAAAUGUUGAGAGUGAAAAUGAUGCAAGUCCAGAUUUUCACAAUCAUAUAAGCUUAACAACUGACAACCUAAGGAAAUCUUUAUACACUACAGAAGAGGUCAUGGACUGUCUUGGACUCAGUGAAGCAGAAUUAGAACAAAUUGAAGGUCUUGGAUUGAGUGAAGCAGAAGUACAACAAAUUGAAGAUGUGGAUGUUGCUAUGUCACAAGAUGUUGGAAUUGCUAGCCAAAUAACAGUUGAAGAACUCCCUACAAAUCAAGUACUUGGAGAUGAGGAAAUGAUGAAUGGGUAG